AUGAAUAACCCAAUGAACCAAGUUAAUUUAAUUGCUCUUAAUAUUCAACGAGCUAAUUUUGAUGAAUGUAAAGGACUUAUCCGUCUACAUAUUAUCAAGACUAUUGAAUUAUUACCAGAACUUUCAACGAAUCUGCAUGAAAUUAUAUUCAAUUUAGAAAGUGUAGCAGUGCAACCACAUGAAGUGUACGAUUUUGAAUCUAUACCGGACAUAUCUAUGUUCGAUUUAGAAAGUGUAUCAGUGGAAUCACAUGAAGUGUACAAUUUUGGAUCUAUGCCGGACAUUCAUGCUUUGAUUCUUGAUUUUAUGGAUGCAGAAACAUCAACAAAACAAGAAAAACAACGAUUGAAUUCUAUUCCAAAAGGUAAACCUAAAAGUGGUCGAACUUGGAAGAUGAAUAAAGGAAGAUUUUCUGCUAUUUCGCGACCAAAAUCUAUUAAACUUUCAUAUGAAGAUCGAAUAAAAAUGAAAACUGAUUUAAAUGAAACUCGUACUCGUGAAAAACAAAUGUGGGAUGUUGUUAACGAAAAACGUGAUAAAUUAAAACAACGACAAAAAGAAAAUAAAGAACGUCGACUUAUUAAUGAACGUAAAGGUGAAGUCGUUCAAGUUAUUAAGAAUCCGACUAAAAUCAAACGAAUGAAAAAGAAACAAUUACGAUCUAUACAAAAGCGUGAUCUUGAUAAAUUAAAAAAUAAAAAAUCUAAUUAA